CGUUUCUCCCCUUUGCAGUGUGUUCCAUGGGAAACAGCACCAGCCGGCUCUACAGCGCGCUCGCCAAGACGCUGAGCAGCGGUGCCGUGUCCCAGCACCAGGACUGCCUGGAGCAGCCAGACCCAGCCCAGCUGGAGCCCAUAAAUCCCAAGGAUUUGCUGGAGGAAUGUCAGAUCGUCCUGCAGAAACGGCCACCCCGGUUCCAGAGGAAGUUUGUGAACCUGAAGAAGAAUGCUGCCAGUAACCACCACCCCAUUCGGGUCAUGCAGUGGAACAUCCUUGCCCAAGCUCUCGGAGAAGGCAAAGACAACUUUGUUCAGUGCCCCAUGGAAGCUCUGAAAUGGGAAGAGAGGAAGUGCCUCAUCCUGGAGGAGAUCCUCGCCUACGAGCCUGACAUCUUGUGCCUGCAGGAGGUCGACCACUACUUCGACACCUUCGAGCCGCUCCUCAGCCGGCUGGGCUACCAGUGCACCUUCUUCCCCAAGCCGUGGUCGCCGUGCCUGGACGUGGAGCAGAACAACGGGCCCGACGGCUGCGCCCUCUUCUUCCUCAAGGACCGCUUCGAGCUCAUCCACAGCGCCAAGAUCCGGCUCACCGCCAUGAAGCUGAAGACCAACCAGGUGGCCAUAGCUCAGACCCUGAAGUGCCACGACAGCGGGAGGCUCUUCUGCAUCGCCGUCACCCACCUGAAGGCCCGCACGGGCUGGGAGAGGUUCCGCUCCGCGCAGGGCUGCGACCUGCUCCAGAACCUGAAGAGCAUCACCCAGGGGGCGAAGAUCCCCCUCAUCGUCUGCGGAGACUUCAACGCCGAGCCCACCGAGGAGGUCUACAGGGAGUUCUCCAACUCCAGCCUCAACCUCAACAGCGCCUACAAGCUGCUGAGCCCCGACGGGCAGUCGGAGCCCCCCUACACCACCUGGAAGAUCCGGCCCUCGGGGGAGUGCCGGCACACGCUGGAUUACAUCUGGUACUCCCAGCACGCCUUGCACGUGAACUCGGCCCUGGGCUUGCUGACUGAAGAACAGAUCGGGCCCAACAGGCUCCCCUCCUUCCAUUAUCCCUCUGACCACCUGUCCCUGGUGUGUGACUUUAGUUUCAAUCAAGACCCCGACAGGCUGCUGUAACCCCUCCGAAAGCCACCUGGCAUUGCAGUGUCUUAACUUGCCACUCUUUGAUUUUAGAGAAGACUUUUGAAGCUGGAAGCUAUUGAAGGAUGAGGAAAUACUGUUGAUUAAACGUUAUUUCGGGCACUUGUUUGGAGCU